AAAAUAAUAAAAACCUCACGGCAAACUUCUUUUUGAAAUGUCACACUCGCAAAUACUGGUGGUAUCCAGAAAGUUCCACAGUUUGAGCAUAUCGCUCAUUCCUUUGCUUUUCUUUUUCAUUCUCCCACUCAACAACAAGCUCCAGUUGCGUGCGUUCCGCAUCACCUUCCCCCCUUUUUAAAUUUUCUCCAGAGCUCCUAAUUUGCUCCAUUGCUAGGGUUUUCCGUUGUAGCUGUCAACACUGAAACAACAAUGCCUCGGUACUAUUGUGACUACUGCGAUACCUAUUUGACUCACGAUUCUCCGUCUGUUAGAAAGCAGCAUAACUCUGGUUAUAAACACAAGGCUAAUGUGAGAUCUUACUAUCAGCAAUUUGAAGAGCAACAAACCCAAAGUUUAAUCGAUCAGCGGAUCAAAGAACAUCUUGGCCAAGCUGCGGCAUUUCAUCAGGUUGGUGGGGCGUAUAAUCAUUUAAUGGGUCAGAGACCGAACCUUCCUCCUGUAUUGCCGCCUCCGAGAUUUCCUAUUCCUGGAGGUCAACCAUUAAUGCCAGGGUUCAGACCUCUCAUGCCUAGACCACUGCCUAUUCCCGGGGCACCAGGGUAUCCUUCUGCACCUACCACCAUGCCACAAAUGAUGCCUCCACCUGGUGCCCCCCAGAUACCUGGUCAGCUAAAUACCCUACCAAGGCCCCCUUCAUUAGCUCCCCCACCAGCAGUUCCUGGAAGCACUGCACCAUCACCUUCCAAUGGUGCUCCCUCUAUGGCAUCGUCAGCAAUGUAUCAAGCCAAUGCACCGCCACCAUCAUCUGGAGGUUAUGAUAAUCACAAUUCCAAUGCUCAAGCACAAGCACCCGAGGCCAAUCAAUGAGCUGGUCAAACUUGUAUGGUAUCUUAUAUUGAAUUUUGCACUAAUGCAGUACUUGUUCAGUCAAAUCACAUUUCCUUAUUCUUUGCUAUUUUCUAUGGGUUAACUCUGAAGGAUGCAUGGUAUUUGCUGGGACCUAAAGCUUUUAUUGAAAUCUACUAAUCAACAUUCUCUUCUAUAUUUUAUUUAUUUCUGUGCUAUGCAGUUCUUUCUGCAUAAUUUCAUCCCCGUUGGAGUCUUACAACUAGAACUAUCUGUGCUCUUCCUGUCAUCUGCUCAUUGGACGAGGACUUUCACAAUCAUGUACUUAAAUUAUUGGUAUGCGGCAUGUCAGGAGCUUAAAUGUAGGAGAGAGUUGUUGAGUAACUUUUUUGUCCCAGAGGAAGAAUUAAGUUCUAAUCGUGUAUAAAUUAUUUUACAUGGUUCGUGAUGGUCUUUAUUUUGCAACUGCUUUUCUUUGAGAUCUUAGCUUUGUCAGUGAUGAACUUGGUUAGCUGCCACACAACUUUGGGAUAGAAUUCAUAUCAUUGAGAUCAAGUGCUAUUUGCUCCAAAUCUUCUCCUAGACAUUCAGUGUUUUUUAUUAUCUCAAAAUUUUAAGAUUCUCUAACCCUUCAAAUACUUGUCACAAAUUGAAGUUACUUUGUCCCCAUAUGCGAAUCCUAUAUACCUAAAAUGUUGUCAAUCAUGAAAUGCACUUUAAGCAAUUACUGAUAUUUACUAUAGUUCUAUUAAUGAUUAUGUGCUUG